GGGAAGGUAAGAAAACAAUCAGCGUCAAAACUUGAAAUUAAAGUUACAGUUUCUUUUUCAUUAUCUUUUUUGUUGAUACAGCAAUAUUUUCGAACUGCCUUUGUUCAAUCUAGAAGAUUCGAAAAAAAAGAAGAUUGACUAUAUUCGUGGUCGAUACACAAAGUAUCAGAACAUAUCGGCAUGGACGAAUUACGAGGGUUUUUGAUGAAUCCUUCUCCAUCGAGUUCGCAAGUUACCAGACUUCGGGGUCCGCUUACGGGUGGAAUGCGUAUCGUAAAGCAUGAAUUCGACGACUUGAAUAGGAAAGAGGAACACCGCCACUCCGAGGUGGUAUCCGGGGGCACCGAGUAUGCGCGCGAAGCUAGGCAAAGAGAGACUGAAUUAUAUUUGCGGAAUGCAGCAGAGUGUUAUGAGAAUCAGGACCAGCGAGGACCCCUGGAUUCUAUGGACCACAUGUCUUCUGUAGGAGCUUCCUCCCAAACUAUUCCCGCUCUGGCAGACGAAGCCAUGCUACAAGUCUACAAUAAGUACUCAUUCCAAAGGAAGGAGGAUACCAAUCACUUGCCCAUUAAUGAGUACAAGGCAAAGAUAGUGGAUACAAUCAGGGCUAAUCAAGUUGUGAUAUUGGAAGGUCCAACUGGUUGCGGUAAGACCACUCAAGUCCCACAAUGGAUACUUGAUAACUGCUAUAAGUGUCGCCAGCCUUGCAAGAUAGUUGUGACACAACCAAGGAGGAUAGCUGCUAUUUCUAUUGCCAAAAGAGUUGCCCAGGAAAGAGGUUGGGAUGUUGGUGGAGUGGUUGGUUAUCAGGUUGGACUUGAUGCUCAUGUUUCAAAUGAUACUCGCAUAAGUUAUGUUACCACUGGUAUUUUGCUACAAAAACUGGUUGCAUCAAAAACAAUGAAUGAAUACACCCAUGUGAUACUGGAUGAAGUUCACGAAAGAGGCCAAGAGAUGGACUUCCUGCUUCUCAUUGUGAAGAGGCUAGCAUAUACGUCAUCACCCCAUGUGAAAGUGGUGCUCAUGUCAGCCACGUUCGAUAAGAUAGCAUUCGCUGACUAUUUCAAGGUAGCUACCACUCUGGGCCUCGAGAGGACCAACUGUAUCACAAUUGAGAAGGGUGAUCCCAUGUUUACUGUGAAGAAGUUCUAUUUGGAUCACCUUCACAAGUUUGGUACUGUACCAGAGCCUAAAGCCGAGGACCCGUGCAUAGUUACGGAAAUGCACCACAUAGUUCUGAGGCUGUUGAAUGCCUUCGAAGGCAUAGAUAAACAGGAAGAUCAGAUCACGGACCGCUCACAAGCCGACCUGCCUUCCGUGCUCAUAUUCCUACCAGGGAUUCAUGAGAUUGAAGACUUGUAUACUUGUCUUACAGACUUUGAUUUGCGUGAGAAGAUAGUGGGCGCCCAUUGCCGUUCGUACAAAUGGUAUGUUCUGCCCCUGCACUCGACGAUAACGGCGGACGAACAAGCGCGCGUGUUUCAACGAGUACAGCCUGGACACAGGAAAAUAAUACUAGCCACUAAUAUUGCUGAGAGCUCCAUUACUGUGCCUGAUAUUAAGUAUGUGAUAGAUUACUGCCUGAUGAAGAUAAUGGUGGCUGAUCCUGACACGAACUUCACGUCGUUGCGGCUAGCUUGGGCGUCCAAGACGAACUGCGAGCAACGCGCGGGCCGCGCCGGACGAGUGAGGGACGGCCGCGUCUACAGGAUGGUUUCUGAAAAGUUUUAUGAAGGGUUUAGACAAGAAAUUCCCCCGGAGAUAAUUCGUUGUCCUCUAGAGAGAUUGGUGCUGUUAGCCAAGAUGAUGGAUAUGGGCCCGCCUGCUGACGUGUUGGCUCUAGCUAUGGACCCGCCCGACAUCUCUAACAUACACCGGACUGUACUUGUGCUUAAAGAGAUUGGAGCGUUAAAGAAAACUGUUGACGGCGAGUGGUCAUCAAUGGACGGCGAUAUGACGUACUUGGGCCGCGUCGCCGCAAGGUUACCCGUUGAUGUCAAACUGUCUAAACUCAUCAUAUUGGGCUAUAUCUACGGCUGCUUGGAGGAAACUGUCGUUAUGGCGGCUGCGAUGUCAGUGAAGAAUUUGUUCAACAGUCCGUUCCGUGAGCGUUUGAACGCUUACAACUCUAAGCUGACGUGGGCAGAUGGCUCCACCAGCGACUGCAUUGCUUUCCUUAACGUUUACAAGGUAUGGACGGUCCUCCGUCAACAGCAGUUCUUCCGCGCGGCCGGGCAGUCGGAGCCGCAGUGGGCGCGGCGCUUCUACGUGCAGGCGCGGGCGCUGCGGGAACUGGACGAGCUGGCGCGGGACCUGCGCCGCCGCCUCGCCACUGUCGGCAUCGACCCGCCCAAUGGCAAGUCGCCGUGGAAUAAACAUGAGCUGGCUUUGCUCUAUAAGAUACUAAUAGCGGGCGCGUUCUACCCACAAUAUUUCGUGCAAGCAUCGGAGGACGAGAGUCGGGAGCGCGAUGCUGUGCGAACACUAGGAGGACUGGACCCUAGGACCACGGUGUAUCUGAAGAAUUUCCCGGACAAUCAGCCGGGAGAGGUGUACGCCGCGGCUAUCAAGAAGGCCGUCUACAAGACCAUCUCAGAGGAGCCUCGCGUCACCUUCGAUACCGGCAGCAGAAAAGUGUAUCUAACAUUCAAUGAAGGUGUUGAAAAGAAUGGGAACGAGAACAGUAGGGACCCCUCAAUACCUGGUCAAGUGGUGCUACCAGUGUACAAGGCCAUAAAAGCAAGACAGUUGAGGAUUGAUAUUAGAAUUCCAUUAUUGCCAUUGGAAAAAGCUCAAGCUCUGGCCAAUGCGUUUGCUGUUGACAAAAUGUCACUGGAUUUGGAGAAAGUAGUGCCGCGCUUGCCGGAGAUCGAUGACACACAUUUUCCGCUGAAAAUAUCACAAUUGACCAGUAUAAGCAAGUUCUGGGUGCAAUACGCGGACGAGAGCACGGCGACGGAGCUGUGCGCCAUACAGACGGCGCUGAACACCGGCCCGCUCGUCGCGCACACCGCCGCCCUCGCGCCCGGCGACCUCGUGGCCGCGCCCUACACCGACGCCGGACGCACCGAGAUCUGCCGCGUCAGGGUGCGAGCGUUGCUGCCCAGGGAUAUGAUCGAGGUGCAGUACAUAGACUACGGCAGCGCGGGCUGCGUGCACGUGUGCAACGUGCGGACACUGCCGAGCGGAGCGUGCCGGGUGGCGCCACCCCUCGCCAUGCGCUGCCGCCUGGCCGCGCUGGCGCCGUCGCCGCUGCUGGACCCGCACGAGCGCUACACGCCCGCCGCCACGCACUGCUUCACGCAGCUCGCCAGGCGCGGCCGCCUGCUCGCUAAGGUAUACUCCGUGGUGCACGGCGUGGUAGCCAUCGACUUGCUGGCGGAAGGUGGACAGCUGAACGUCAACGAAGAGCUCAUCAAGCGAGGAUUCGCCGUACCCUGCGAGGAGAGCUAUGAGUCCAAGAUGAACCACGACCUCAGAGAGAUGGCCUACGAUCUAAAUUUAGCUCAGAAGCGCGCCCACAAUCGCGAGCAGAUGGAGCUGGCGUACUACCAACUGAACGAGAUUGAACCGCCCAGAGCCAAGGACUGUAAUACUGAUGUCUGCCUUAAAGGACCACACAGUCCUUUAGAGACAACGGUUCACACAAUGAUGUACGCGAGCCGCGAUAUACCGGUGAGGAUCGAAUGGAACUCGGUCAACUCCGUUCUGUUGGACACGGAGCCACAGGAGAAAUAUAUGAGGUUGUUAGUGGCGGGCGACGUGGGCUGCAACGAGGGCAACACGCGUCUGACGCUGCGCCACACCACGCUCAUGCCCAACAUCCCCGGCCUGCCCGCCAUCCUCGCGCUGCUCUUCUGUCCUGUUGCGGAACUACGUCGCAACGCGGCGGGCACGCGGUACGUGAGCGCGCUGUGCGGGCUGGGCAGCGCCGAGUGCGGCCGCCCCUACCUGCCCGAGCACGACCUGCUGGUCGACAUCGACGCCGACCUCACCGUCGAUGACAUCGGACUGGUGAGUACACAGUGCGGCACUGCGGCACAACGCGGCGGGCAGCGCCGAGUGCGGCCGCCCCUACCUGCCCGAGCACGACCUGCUGGUCGACAUCGACGCCGACCUCACCGUCGAUGACAUCGGACUGGUGAGUACACAGUGCGGCACUGCGGCACAACGCGGCGGGCAGCGCCGAGUGCGGCCGCCCCUACCUGCCCGAGCACGACCUGCUGGUCGACAUCGACGCCGACCUCACCGUCGAUGACAUCGGACUGGUGAGUACACAGUGCGGCACUGCGGCACAACGCGGCGGGCAGCGCCGAGUGCGGCCGCCCCUACCUGCCCGAGCACGACCUGCUGGUCGACAUCGACGCCGACCUCACCGUCGAUGACAUCGGACUGGUGAGUACACAGUGCGGCACUGCGGCACAACGCGGCGGGCAGCGCCGAGUGCGGCCGCCCCUACCUGCCCGAGCACGACCUGCUGGUCGACAUCGACGCCGACCUCACCGUCGAUGACAUCGGACUGGUGAGUACACAGUGCGGCACUGCGGCACAACGCGGCGGGCAGCGCCGAGUGCGGCCGCCCCUACCUGCCCGAGCACGACCUGCUGGUCGACAUCGACGCCGACCUCACCGUCGAUGACAUCGGACUGGUGAGUACACAGUGCGGCACUGCGGCACAACGCGGCGGGCAGCGCCGAGUGCGGCCGCCCCUACCUGCCCGAGCACGACCUGCUGGUCGACAUCGACGCCGACCUCACCGUCGAUGACAUCGGACUGGUGAGUACACAGUGCGGCACUGCGGCACAACGCGGCGGGCAGCGCCGAGUGCGGCCGCCCCUACCUGCCCGAGCACGACCUGCUGGUCGACAUCGACGCCGACCUCACCGUCGAUGACAUCGGACUGGUGAGUACACAGUGCGGCACUGCGGCACAACGCGGCGGGCAGCGCCGAGUGCGGCCGCCCCUACCUGCCCGAGCACGACCUGCUGGUCGACAUCGACGCCGACCUCACCGUCGAUGACAUCGGACUGGUGAGUACACAGUGCGGCACUGCGGCACAACGCGGCGGGCAGCGCCGAGUGCGGCCGCCCCUACCUGCCCGAGCACGACCUGCUGGUCGACAUCGACGCCGACCUCACCGUCGAUGACAUCGGACUGGUGAGUACACAGUGCGGCACUGCGGCACAACGCGGCGGGCAGCGCCGAGUGCGGCCGCCCCUACCUGCCCGAGCACGACCUGCUGGUCGACAUCGACGCCGACCUCACCGUCGAUGACAUCGGACUGGUGAGUACACAGUGCGGCACUGCGGCACAACGCGGCGGGCAGCGCCGAGUGCGGCCGCCCCUACCUGCCCGAGCACGACCUGCUGGUCGACAUCGACGCCGACCUCACCGUCGAUGACAUCGGACUGGUGAGUACACAGUGCGGCACUGCGGCACAACGCGGCGGGCAGCGCCGAGUGCGGCCGCCCCUACCUGCCCGAGCACGACCUGCUGGUCGACAUCGACGCCGACCUCACCGUCGAUGACAUCGGACUGGUGAGUACACAGUGCGGCACUGCGGCACAACGCGGCGGGCAGCGCCGAGUGCGGCCGCCCCUACCUGCCCGAGCACGACCUGCUGGUCGACAUCGACGCCGACCUCACCGUCGAUGACAUCGGACUGGUGAGUACACAGUGCGGCACUGCGGCACAACGCGGCGGGCAGCGCCGAGUGCGGCCGCCCCUACCUGCCCGAGCACGACCUGCUGGUCGACAUCGACGCCGACCUCACCGUCGAUGACAUCGGACUGGUGAGUACACAGUGCGGCACUGCGGCACAACGCGGCGGGCAGCGCCGAGUGCGGCCGCCCCUACCUGCCCGAGCACGACCUGCUGGUCGACAUCGACGCCGACCUCACCGUCGAUGAC